AUACAUCCUAGAAUCUCACAAAAUGUGCGCAUGACUAUACGUCAAGUAGGAGCAGUGCCCAGUUUGGAGUGGGGCCUAUCUUGAGUGAGCCACAAGCAAAUGAAAAGGGAGGGCGAGACCUUCCAUUCUGCAUUUCUCUGGGCACGAAGCAAGCAUCUGUGCCAAGAUUGCCAAAGGAGAAAAGCCCGACCGGCAGGCAGGCGAAUCCAAAACCUCAAAAUCACCAACGAAUCCCAAUCAUUUCCAUGCCCGCUUCACUCGUACACACUACACAGCGACGCUUUUACCCAGCUCCCCUCAGAAUCCUGGCAGAAAAGCUCACACAUGGCUCGGUCUCGGCAGACUCUUUCACUGCCCUCUUCAGCCUUGCUUCACUCGUCUCGAGCUCAGCUUUAGGCGCCUUUUGUCGCCGUGGCCGGAAUGGCCACCGCUAUAACAACCCUGGACCUACGGCUCGCACGGUCGCCAUACGUCCUUCCGCCAUGGAGGAGAGCCCCAUGUACGCCAUGGAGAAGAGCAGGGGGUACCUGCGCCCGUUGCGUCUUCUCUUCGUCUUGUUCAUCGCGUUCGCCUUCGUCGCACGGUGCGGAGGAGCAAGAAUGCUGAGACCAGAGGAGCUGCUGCGUCACCACCACUCUUCCUCUGACCCCUACUACAGCACGCCGGUGAUGCCUCCCUACGGCGACGUGUUCGGCGGCACACCCAACCCUCCUCCCCCUCCCGGCUCUCCCAACUGCGGCCUCACUCCGGACGCGCCGCCGCCGCCGCUGCCGAUCACCGUCCCGGCGCCAGCUUUCGUCUACUCGUCCCCGCCGCCGCCGGAGCCGGACUACUACUACCCUCCACCGCCGUACAUCAUCCCAAGCCCACCGCCAACGGAAGAUACGCCGCCUCUCCCGCCCAUCGUUUACCCAAGCCCACCUGAAGUCACGCCCAGCCCACCAGAGGUCGCGCCAUAUCCCAGCCCACCAGAGGUCGCGCCCAGCCCGCCAGAGAUCGCGCCGUACCCGAGCCCGCCGCCAGAGGUCGCGCCGUACCCGAGCCCUAGCCCACCGGAAAUUGCCCCAAGCCCACCAGAAGGCACGCCCAUCAUUUACCCAAGCCCACCAGAAGUCACGCCCAGCCCACCAGAGAUCGCACCGUAUCCCAGCCCAAGCCCACCAGAAAUCUCGCCGAGCCCACCGGAAAUCGUCCCAAGCCCACCGGAAAUCGUCCCAAGCCCACCUAGUUACGAACCGACUCCGCCGAGCAUUGUGCCGAGCCCGCCGGAGUACGCGCCGGAGCCACCCACCUACGAACCAAGCCCGCCGGAGUACGCGCCGGAGCCACCCACCUACGUCCCGAGCCCACCGGCGUACUACGCGCCGGAGCCGCCGGAACUCGUGCCGAGCCCGCCGGAGUACGCACCAGAGCCGCCGACGUACGAGCCGAGCCCGCCAAUCUACGCGCCGUAUCCGCCCGGGAUCAUCCCGAGCCCGCCGGAGUACGCGCCGGAACCACCUGGGUCCGUCCCGAGCCCGCCGGAGUUCGCGCCAGAACCGCCGGGGUCCGUCCCGAGCCCGCCGGAGUUCGCGCCAGAACCGCCGGGGUCCGCCCCGAGCCCGCCGGAGUUCGCGCCGGAACCACCGGGGUCCGUCCCGAGCCCGCCGAUCUACGCGCCGUACCCUCCGGGCAUCGUGCCGGGCCCGCCGGAGAACGCACCGGAGCCGCCGGGGGCCGUCCCCUCCCCGGGGGGCGGCGGCUUCCUGCCGCCGGUGGUGUUCCCGCCCCCGUUCGCGACGCCGUCGCCGGGGACGGUGGGUUCGGAGUGGUGUGUGGCGAAGCCGUCGGUGCCGGGCCCCAUCGUGCAGCAGGCCAUGGACUACGCGUGCGGCUCGGGGGCGGACUGCGACUCCAUCCAGCCGUCGGGACCCUGCUUCCGGCCGGACACCAUGCUGUCGCACGCCUCCUUCGCCUUCAACAGCUACUGGCAGCGCACCAAGGCCAGCGGCGCCACCUGCGACUUCGGCGGCACCGCCAUGCUCAUCACCAAGGACCCAAGCUACGAUGGCUGCCAUUACAUUUUGAUGUGAUUUGGAAGCUGGACUGCUAAGUAGCAAUUUCUGAAGAUUAGAUGAACUGGAGGUACAUGCUGUUCUGAUGUUUGCGAGGGCACUUGCAGUGGAUCACUGAUUUUGUAUAGGUUAAAAGACUCUAUCCAUCCUAUUUAGACAGUUUUCUAACUCCUUUUCCCCUCUUUUUGGAACUUCUUAUUGUUUUGUAUUAUUCUGAAUAAAGCAUGUAAUUUCAUAGUGGUAAAUAAGUCUCUGAUGAAGGCACAGCUAAAUUCAUGAGUUGUGCAAUGGGAAAUGUUUUAUUGCAUCA